CCGUCUCGCACCGCGUGUUCUACCGCCGCCCGCCCGCCCGGCCGGUGCGCUCAAGGAAAUGGACCAUUUUCCGCGAGACUUUCUUUCUAAAUCGGAAGUAGUACGGUUGUGCUAAUUAGCCGCUCCGCUUGUAGUCGUAGCAUCCGCAUUUGGUCGCCCGGUCAAUUCCAGCCGCUUUUUCCCCCCUCGGGUUCUGGCUUCACGGACCCUCUCGGGGUUCUGGUACAGCGCUAAGACGUGGAAAUGUUUCUUUAUUAAAUGAAAGCGACAUUCAGCGUCGCGCCCGGCUUCGCUUCGGUAAGCGCCAAUGCUAACGUUAGCGUAGCCUAUAUUGUUGUGGUGUGCGUGCAUUUUGAGGUGCCCCGCCCACCCAUGCAUUGUUCCAGUGUUAUUUGUCAGCAGGAAGAUGCCGUUUCUGGGGAAAUGCUUUCAUUUCCAAGGGGAUAUUUUGGUCCAUUCGAAUAUUUGUGUGGGUCUAGGAAGGUUUAUAGAGCAUUGCGAUACAGCAUACUACGUGAGAGCACGCGAUGGGUUUGCAUUCAUCCCAGAAGAAGCAUUUCCCCCUGCGGGGGAUCGACGGGGUCGUUCAGCUCUUCGACGCCGAGCUUCGCAAGGCCGAGCCGGACCUGGCGCUCCUCUCCCUGGUCCUGGGUUUCGUGGAGCACUUCCUGGCCGUCAACCGCGUGGUCCCCGUCAACGUUCCCGGCGUGCGCUUCGAGCCGCUGGAGCCCGACUGUCCCAACUCCUGUUUCCCCACCGUAGAGUUGGGCACCAUCUCGGCCUUGUACGAGCGCUUCACGGCGCAGAUCCGCGGGGCCGUGGACCUGUCCCAGUACAGGCGGACGCCGGCGGGCUCCGGUCGAGAGUUGGUCAAGAAAGUGUCGGACGUUAUCUGGAACAGCCUCAGUCGCUCUUACUUUAAAGACCGCGCUCACAUCCAGUCUCUUUUCAGCCUCAUCACCGGAACCAAAUUGGACAGCUCGGGCGUGGCCUUCGCGGUGGUGGCGGCCUGCCAGGUCCUGGCCCUGAAGGACGUGCACCUGGCGUUGUCCGAAGACCACGCCUGGGUCAUCUUUGGCAAAAACGGCGACGAGACGGCCGAGGUCACCUGGCACGGCAAGGGGAACGAAGACCGGCGGGGGCAGACGGUCGCGGCGGGAGUCAACGAAAAGAGUUGGCUCUACCUCAAAGGCUCUUACAUGAAAUGCGACCGCAACAUGGAGGUGGCCUUCAUGGUGUGCGCCAUCAACCCUUCACUCGACCUGCACACCGACAGCUCGGAGCUACUGCGGCUUCAGCAGAAACUGCUGUGGUUGCUCUAUGAACGAGGUGACCUGGACAGGUAUCCCAUGGCCACGGGGACUCUGGCCGAUCUGGAAGACCAAGAUCCUAUUCCGGGCAAAGAAAGCCCGCUGGAAAUCCACCUCAAGGCUGUCCGUUCGGCCCAGAAACAUUACAACAACGAGCACAUCUACCCCUACAUGUACUUGGCGGGCUUCCACUACCGGCACCGGAACGUGCGGGACGCGCUGAGGGCGUGGGCCGACGCCGCCCAGGUCAUGCAGGACUAUAACUACUUCCGCGAGGACGAGGAGAUCUACAAAGAGUUCUUUGACAUUGCCAACGACGUCAUUCCGACUCUGCUCAAGGAGACCGCCGUGGCCGCCGAGAGUCCCGCCGAAGGCGGCGAGACCGGAGAAGCGGAGGAGCCUAAGCAGCGGCGGCGACGGCAGCAGCAGCAGCAGCAGCAGGAGGCGGCUCUCUCUGCGCUGCAGGACCCGGAAUGCUUUGCCCACCUGCUGCGUUUCUACGACGGCAUCUGCAAGUGGGAGGAGGGCAGCCCCACGCCGGUGCUGCACGUGGGCUGGGCCACCUACUUGGUCCAGUCGCUGAGUCGCUUCGAGGCUCAGGUACGACAGAAAGUGUCCAUCGUCACCAAAGAGCCCGAGUGUCAGGACGACGACGACGCGUCCAGCGAGGAUCCGCGGGAAGGCCGCAGACGAGUUCCCCGCAGGGAGUCCAAACCGGAGGAGCGGAACUCGCCUUCCCCCGGCGCCCCCGCCUCGCCGACCCGGCUCAAGAAGGCCGGCGAGGGAGGCGCCCGCCGCCGCUCCGAGGGCAAGCCCGAGUCCCCCGAAGCCGGCGCCCGCUCCCCCUCGCGGACGCCGGCCGCCCCCGUCGUGGUCUUCCAGAGCGAGAAGAUGAAAGGCAUGAAGGAGCUUCUGCGCGCCGCCAAGGUCAAUUCCAGCGCCAUCAAGCUUCAGCUCACCGCUCAGUCUCAGGUCCAGAUGAAGCGUCAGAAGAGCACGCCGCCCGGCGACUACUCCGUGUCCUUCAUGAAGAGGCAGCGCAAAUCUCUUUAGGACCGCCGCGUCCGUCGCUUCCCGUUCGUCCGAGCCCUGCUGCCGUGGGAAAAGCGCGCACAGCGCGCCACCCCAAACCUUUCAAUAAAAUCUACUUUAUCCGGUCGCGCGCCCAAUUUCACCAAGUGCUAGAAACGUAAAGAUUGUAUUACGCGUGACACCGACGGGUCCUUUUAGUAAUAACAUUUCAAAGACCCGAGAAAAUAAAGUGACACAUUUGUCCCUUAUCAAGUGGGGGCUGGGGCAAUGAAUGGGACUCCAACGAACCAAAGUAUCCGUCUUGAUUUUGAUUCACUUGUUGAAAAGACUGAAAGCUGUGAAAGUCCAUCCAUUUAGUAUAGUUACUGUGUAACAUUGUCCACUUCCACACUAAGGAUAGCUUCUUUCUUGCUAGCUCGAUGUUGCCUUACUUUGCAUUUUUGUUUUUAGAUGAAGUUUUUUCAUUUGGUGAGUUGACGAGACCAGGCAGAACGGCUGUUGUGGGAUUUUGUUUUUGUAUCUGCAAGUAAUAAAAGAGCCAAGAA